AUGCAAUUGGAAAUUAUUGAACUUCAAAGUUCAACAGUUUUAAAAUGCAAAUAUAAAGAGGCAUCUGAGAUAAUAGAAUUUUGGAAAUGCCUACCCGAGGAAGAUUUUCCAGAAUUACAUGAUGUAGCGUUGAAAUUGGUUUGCAGAUUUGGCUCUACAUAUAUAUGUGAGAAAAGUUUUUCGCGGAUGACUUUCAUUAAAAAUAAGUAUAGAACCAAACUAACAAAUUCUCAUUUGAAAAAUUUGAUGCUUCUAUCCUCAACUAAACUUAAACCAAAUUAUGAAGAGAUAAUAUCCAUGAAGCAAAUUCAACAUACCUAA